CGCUCAGCGAGGAAACACGACGAAAAUCGUAAAGCGGCAAAUACACGGCAUAUAUACACGGACUGCCUUCGAUCAGUUCCAAAUACGUGCCAACCACUAUCUCGGCACUGUAGAUGGCGGCGGUAGAUCCUCAGGGCGACAGGGGUGAGCAAUGGAAUUCGUCGUGUUUGACCGACCUCGUAACAACGUCACCUUAUUUGGAUUUAAGUUGGUCGUGGAGCGCAUCGAACGCAGUGACGGUGGAGGUAUAGCAAUCCCUUGUGCAACUGCAUCCAUCUUAUCAGGCGAAGAUGCCCUAUUCGAAUUCGGGUUAGAUCUUUUACCUCGUGUCGAGGCACUGCUAGGCGCUCGCGAGAGUCCUGAUGAAGUCCGUGCUUGCAGGGAUGGGGCCCGGGAUGUGUGUGGUGACGGCCUUUCGGACGCAGACGUCCGCGUCGAGAUGCUCGACAUCGACGCACGCGAUCCUACUCGGGAUAAGCCAUCCCCGGGGCUGUUCAGGAUCCAAGUUACUGGCAUGGCCGCCGAACGGGUUGGCGUGAAAAUUACUCACCGAUCCGGGCACUUCGGAUAA